CUAUAAACAAUGAUUCUUGAACAAUAAGGACGUCGGUCGGUCGGAAGUGAUUUGGGUAGUGUAGCAGUAAGAACACGAAACCUUCAAGACAGUCAAUCGUCCCAUUUUUAUUAUCAAUAACGAGCGCUUUUUGAAGUUAAAAAAAAAGAUUGGUAGAGUCUCGCACAGAUUGAGCAUGAAUGUACGAUCCGGAUCCCCCUUCCCGUAAGCUUAGUCAUUAGCGUGACGGGUCGGAUGAUAACACCUCGCCGUUCCGAUCAUCCUUCACUCUUUCACACUUUUUCGGCAAUUUCUCAACAGAUGGAAGACCCAGAGCAGCCAGCUACCGAGAGAGCCGUUCAGGGCCGUGUUCUCCAGGCAUGUCAAAGGUGCCGAAGCUUGAAGACCCGGUGCCUGCUGAGUGAUCAUGCCGGAAUAUGUCAGAGAUGUCUCCAUGCUAAGAAGGAUUGUGUCUGGGCCGAAGUCCCGCGGCGAGCCCGGAAGGCUCGUGGACCAUCGCGGAUUGCACAAGUAGAGCAAAAGAUCGAUGGUCUUGUUGCGAGCAUUGCAAGACCACCAACAAACCACAGUAGUUUCGCGUCAACCUCUGAGCAACGCACACCUCCAGGCGAUACGGCAAGACGAAUCCCAGGGAAAAGCAAUGAAAGGACAGUCCAUCCCGGAAGCUGGCUACCUUUCCCAGACUCAUUUGAUCAAGAAGCAUCGAAUCCGCAACAGUCCAGGGAAAACGGCGCAGAAGAAUCACAACCAGGUGAUGAGUUGAAUGAACGAUUUCUUAAUCGCCUGCGCGACAUACACACUUUCAGCACAGAAACAGACAUGGAAAGAGCUCCAGAUGCAGUGUUUCAAGGUGCUCACAGGUUUGAGCCUGAGAUUAAUAAUGAAUAUGUCAAGCGACUUCUAUCUACUGGUGAAGCCGAAAUACUUCUAAAUGAGUAUCGGGCAAUGUGGUCUUCGUUUCCUUUCGUACCACUGGCAAACCACACUUCUGCUAGAGAUCUUUCCGAAACUAAACCUAUGCUUUUCUUGGCUAUUCUCACAGUGGCGUCCUGGAAAAAUCGACUACGUCAAAAGAUUCUCGACAAAACUUACCGGACAGAGCUGAGUGAGCGCACCAUUGUCAAUCCUCACAGAACGCUUUCCAUCGUACAGAGCAUUCUCGUAUAUCUCUCCAGAUAUCACUUCCUGUUCAGCCAUAAAACUCAACAAAUCUUCUCGCUUCAGCAAGUUGCCGUUGGAUUGGCGCUUGACAUCGGCCUCCACACAAAGACUAGAAGAACAUUCAUGAACGGUAUGUCUGGAAGAACGCCUCCCAAGGCUUAUUCAGAGCAAGAGCAGCGUGAGCGGCAAAGAACCUUUCUAGGCUGUUACUACAUGUCAUCCAUGAUCGCCGGAGGCCUUCAAAAGCCCAACCUAUUGCGAUACACUGAUUACAUGGGAGAGUGUUGUAAAGAUCUAAGACAGGCUCGCGAAAUCCCGUCAGAUGUCAUAAUCGGGCGUCUCGUCACUCUCCGCCGAUUAGACGACCAAAUUCAUGAUGCCUUCUACUCCGAGGAUGCCGUCGAUCUCUCGCUCUCAGACCCUCGCAUAAACAUGAAUUACAAAUUCCUUCAGGCACAGUUGGAGGAUUUCGGCAGCGAGGAUUGCCUUGACGAGCUUCAAAGGAUGAUCGAUCUGACUUCAACGUUCACAAGCGUGCAGCUGCACAGUAUCUCUCUUCGACAGGCUUCAACUCCUACAAACAUGAUCGCAGGCAACACUCUGCAACUCAAUGCCCUACUUGCAACCCUUGAAGCUUGCAAGCGCCACACAGAUAUACUUCUCAGCAUAUCAGCCUCCGAGUAUCAUCUGUUGUCUUUUUCCGAAUGGAUGAGACUCCCGGUUGUCAUGAUUACAGGCGCGCGCCUAUGUAUCCCCAGCGAUCAUCUAUCAGCAAUUAAUUGGGAUAUCAAAGCAGCCCAUGAACGACUUCGCCUCGACUCUUUUCUUGAGUUCUUAUGUGCGCGAAUGCAAGCAAUCAGUGUCAGUGUAUAUGACUUCUGGAGUAUCCUGAACAUGAUCAUGCGCGAACUGAAAACUUGGUACCUCAAACGGAUCAACCCCGGAAGUCAACCAAUUGAUCCAAUCAAUGUGUUCGGCAUUCCCACGCCAAAUGCGACGAUGAGUUCUCUCGGGAGUUCUGGUGCCACACCAGCUAGCCACGCUAUGGGUCAUGGUUGUCCUGUCGAUCAUGCAGGGCAGUUGUCCGCCGAAACUGGUAUGAAUCUGGAUAUGACUGAAGCUGCGUUCGCGUUCAUGAGAUCGGAGGAGUUUGAUAUGGAUAAAUUCUUCGACAUGGGCCUCUGGGGUGAUGAAACGUAUCUCGACAUGGGGUUCGGGUCGUAA